UAAUGUUAAUUCCUCAACGUGAAACAAUAUGAGUGAAUAGUCAUUUUAAAAUUGAUUCAUAGAAGUUUAAGUUAGUCGAUAUUUUGGCAGUCAUAAUAGGCUUAUUUCAGUGGUGUCUUGUUAAUUCCUUCAGAAAAUAAUUUCUGUUUUAUUCCUUUCCUAAAAUAAGCUCAGCAGGCUUGUCAUGAUGCAGGGAUUAAGAAACGUAGACGAUCUGCACCAGCAGAGGUCCAAGAUGCACUGCACCAUGUCCAUCUGUUGAUUAUCCUAUUUCAAGACCAGCAAUGUCAUCAGUUGAACCAUCAUUAAGUCCAGACAGAGAGGAGGAGGGUAGAACAUCAGAACAACAGGGACCAAUUCAUCUACUGGACAUGGACCUUCUACAGAUAUAACAAAGAGCUGAGCUGGACAGGUCAGGACAUCUCACAGACUGACUGCCUUGAAGCCUGGUGGAAACCAUCUGAAACCAAAUCUACCCACUACAGACUCUGGAAAUGGAUUCCCUCAUGUCCCUGGGUGCUCCUCUGAAGCAGUUUACCAGCUGUGUGUCUGGCACAAAAAAUACCAAAAAGAGAGGGAACAAGGGAAGCCAGUCCGUCCGCAGGUUUAGCUUCACUCGCAGAAAGAGCGUCAGCAGGAGGAGAAGCCUUCCCUGCAACAGCCAGAAAGUCCCAGACUCCUGGCUCAGGGAGUACCAGGAGGAGCUGAAGAAGGAGAGGAAACGUCAGCAGGCCAUGCUGGCCAAGAAGAACGCUGAAAGAACCGUGCGGAGAACUCAGUUCAGGAGCCACCACUGCCUUCCAAGGCACACUCCUGCAGCCAGAAAACAUGCACCCACAAAGGAUGACUCCUUCUUCGGAGCCUUUCAGGGCCUCAGUCUGGACGGACUAACAGGAGGUGCCGCUGGAUCUCCUGUUGUUUCUGCUGCAGGUGGAGGAGAUCAGUGCAACGUUAUGUGAGGUGCAACAGUUAAGGACAGUUGAAUGCUUUGGGAAGGUUCUCUACAAAUAACUGCUGCAGAAAUCUAUUUAAAGUGACUGAUUUCUGUUUUGUAAUGAAAGAGGGAAAACUUUUCUUCCUUUAUUUGUGUAACAUUGAGCUUAUGUCAUUGAAAUGUUUGUACACUUGAAAAAUCUGUGGACUGUAUUCAUGCAUUUGCCAAUCCAGAACAUCUUUUCAAUACAUUUAUAAAUUUAGUGAUUAUUGAUUUUAGUUUUUUGUAUGAACAUGAGAUUUUUUUGUUUGUAGCUUGAAACUCAAAGCAGAUCAGAAAUGUUUGUAUUUCUCAUCCAAUAUAAAUGGUAAACACUAUACCAUCAUCA